CAAACAUGGCUGCUUCCAUGGUCCGGUGGCUGAGGGGCUUGUAUAUUUUCUUUCUGACGUGUCUUUUUACCGUCUCUGCGUUUUUGAAUUUGGACGAGCUAAAUGAGAUGAAAUAUGGAAUCCAAAUUCUCCCGGAUCCUGUCAUCAUGGGACAGGCCAAGUCUGAGGAAGUGAUGCUGGUCUCCAGCAAGUACAAGCAGCUGUACGAGUGCCGCCUCCCGGCCCAGGCCGUGCGUUUCCACCAGGACCCGGCGGCCGAGCCCGAGCCCCAGGGCUACUCGGGCCCUGGCAUCUCCGAGCUACUGAAGCCCAUGCACAGCGCCCCCUGCUUGGUUAAGACAAAAGACUGGUGGACGUAUGAGUUUUGCUACGGAAAGCACAUUCGACAGUAUCACUUGGAUGAUUCAGAAAUCAAAGGAGAUGUGCUGUUCUUGGGUUAUUAUGAGUCGGAGUUCGACUGGAAUAAUGAAACUGCGAAGGCUUCCAAGCAGCACAGGCUGAAGCGUUACCACAGCCAGUCGUAUGUGAACGGAUCCAAAUGCGACCUCAACGGAAAGCCCAGGGAAACGGAAGUCCGGUUCCUGUGCGAGGAAGGUUCCGGAGAUUACGUGGCCCGUGUGGAUGAGCCGCAGUCCUGCCGUUAUGUGCUGACGGUCCACACCACGCGCACCUGCCACCACCCCUUCCUGCGCCCACCGUCUACCACCAAGCCCCACGGCAUUGUGUGCCAGCCCGCCCUCAGCCCCCAGCAGUACAUGGACUACGUCAAGGCCCAAGUCUCUGACACCAAGCGCAAGGUGGAGCAGAUUUCCGAGGAGCUUAAGAACCUGGACGAGAUUCUGGCCAAAGACGAGGACACAGAUGGUGGGACAUCAGAGAAGACCGCAGAGGAGGACACGGCAGUGCCCUCUGUAGGCCAGGAAGACCCUGAUAAAGGAGUGGAUGACGCACCUCUGGAAGACGUCUCCGUGGAGGACGUGGAGGACGUGGAGGAUGAGGAGUUUUGGGAGAAAGCCGUGAAGCCAGACGAGAAGGCUCCUGAGGGCACUGAGGAGGAGCAGAAGAUUGACGGGGAUAUAGCAGAACCUGAACUUGGAGAGGAAGCCGUUGAAGACAGAAAAUUCAAUUUUAAGAUAGUCACAGACUCCUCGGACCUAAUGAAAUUCGUCAAGCACCUGCAAGAGAACAAUAAAAAGGUGGCCUCAGCCGACCGGAGAGAAAGGGGGGAGGGCGGGGUCUUGAGCGGGCAGGAGGAGGGCAACGAAAAUGCAGAGGAAGGGGAGGAUGAAGACGAGCGCCUGUUGCAGGAGUUUGACGAGGAGAUGGCUGACCUCUCCGUGCCCUCAGCCAAGAUCGAUGCCAUCAAGGAGGAGAUGCAGAAGGAAUUUGACAACAUCAUAGACGAGGCCCAGCAGGAGUUGGAGACAGAGGGCCUGAAAGGUGAGUUUGACCGUGGCCAGGCCACGCAGACACUGGAGACCACGCUGGACAAGCUGCUUGACCGCCUGGAGGACAAGGAGGUGCUGGAGCCCGGGCCUGAGGGUGAGCUUGGGGCCACGGACCCCGCCAGGGGCAGCCCGAGCCUCGCCCCCCGCCAGCCAGACCAAGCCCCUGACGACCAUGUUAAAAUCAGAGUUACUAAGUAUAAGACGGGCAGCAGCCCCAAUCAACAGUUGAAGGUGCAGGAAUUGAGCGAAGGGGACCCCCAAAUGCAGCAGAUUAAGGACGUGGUUAAAGAGCAGCUAGCACGUGCGGGCCUGAAAACGGAAGGUAAAAUUGAGGUGAAGAUCCUGACACGCCGGUCAGCUGAGGAGGCAGGAGACCAGUGGUUGACUGAGGAAGACACCAAGUCUUUUAGAGAGCUGCUAAUAAACCUGCUGACUGGAGGGACGGAGGAGGUGUACAAAGAACAGAAGCGGCAACAGGAACUAGAGAACAACUACAGGUUUGUGUGGGGAGAGCAGCAGGAGGAGGCUCAGUCCACUGCAACCUCUGAUUCUGAUGACGUGGACUUCUGAUCAGUGGCAGUCCUCUGGAAGAUGACACCAAGCUCCAUGAAACGCCUGGAGACAGGGUCACUCUCACACUGUCACCGGUCAGAGCGUGCAGGUGUACACAGCCAUUAAAGUGUAGCUACGGUGGGAACCAGUGUCCACAAAGGCCCCCCUUCUUCAGGUGACCUUCUACUUCACAUAGCACAUCGAGCAUCAACCAGUACAGCUGUGUCUCUUCUUCCAUCUUUGGUGAUUGACAAAUACACGGUGGACCAAACUGUCAAAGCAGACUGGGUUAUGGGAAGUCGAAAAAAGGUCUGAAAGCAUAAUUUUGGAACAGAUGAGGGAAAACUACCAUGAGUUGGACUGGAAGUCCAGGACCUUCAAAUCUGUAUUCCCAAUAUGUGGACCUAUUUAGGAAGUAGACCUUGUUCUUUUGAUUUUGGUUAAGAAUUAUAUAAUGCUCAAUAGCUAGGGCCACCUUUUCUCACUUUGAUAACUUAAACUUUUCACACAAUUCUUUUCUUUUUUUUUUUGGGGGG